AUGUUUUCAGCAGCUCGUUCAGAUACUCUUUUUCUUGGAGGAGAGAAAGUAAGUGGAGAUGAUAUUAGAAAUCAAAAUGUAUUAGCCGCUCAAUCAGUUGCUAAUGUUGUCAAAUCAUCAUUGGGGCCAGUUGGUUUGGAUAAGAUGUUGGUGGAUGAUAUUGGGGAUGUCACUGUGACUAACGAUGGUGCUACUAUCUUAGCAUUAUUAGAUGUUCAACAUCCAGCAGGACAAAUUUUAGUUGAAUUAGCUCAACAACAAGAUCGUGAAGUUGGAGAUGGUACUACGUCAGUUGUUAUUAUUGCUAGUGAGUUAUUAAAGCGUGCCAAUGAAUUGGUUAGAAAUCAAAUACAUCCAACCACUAUUAUUACUGGUUAUAGAUUAGCCUUGAGAGAAGCAAUUCGUUAUAUUAAUGAAGUAUUAUCACAAUCAGUUACUGACUUAGGCAAAGAAACUAUAAUCAAUAUUGCUAAAACUUCGAUGAGUUCUAAAAUCAUAGGUGCUGAUUCUGAAUUUUUCAGUAAAAUGGCUGUUGAUGCAAUGAUGGCGGUUAGAACUGCAAAUCAUAAAGGUGAAGUUAAGUACCCAGUCAAAGCAGUUAAUAUUUUAAAGGCCCACGGUAAAUCAUCAACUGAAUCUGUUUUAGUUGAUGGGUAUGCUUUGAAUUGUACUGUUGCUUCUCAAGCUAUGGUUAAAACUAUUAAUAAUGCCAGAAUUGCCUGUUUAGAUAUUAACUUACAAAAAGCAAGAAUGGCAAUGGGAGUCCAAGUCAAUAUCGAUGAUCCUGAUCAAUUAGAAGAAAUUAGAAAAAGAGAAUAUGAUAUAAUUAUUGAAAGAAUUCGUAAAAUUUUAAAUGCUGGAGCAAAUGUUAUAUUCACCACUAAAGGUAUUGAUGAUUUAUGUUUAAAAGAAUUUGUUGAAGUUGGUGCAAUGGCUGUUAGACGUUGUAAGAAGGAAGACUUAAGAAGAAUUGCCAGAGCUUCUGGUGCAACUUUAGUUAGUAAUUUAGCUAAUUUAGAAGGAGAAGAAACUUUUGAAUCAACUUUAUUAGGUCAAGCUGAUCAAGUUACUCAAACUAAAAUCAGUGAUGAUGAAUGUAUUUUAAUUAAAGGUACUAAACAACAUAGUUCCUCAUCAAUUAUAUUAAGAGGUCCAAAUGAUUAUUCUUUAGAUGAAAUGGAAAGAUCUUUACACGAUUCAUUAUCAGUUAUUAAGAGAACUUUAGAAAGUGGUAAUGUUGUCCCCGGUGGUGGUGCUGUUGAAACUGCUCUUAAUAUUUAUUUAGAAAAUUUUGCAACAACUGUUGGUUCAAGAGAACAAUUAGCAAUUGCAGAAUUUGCUAAUGCAUUAUUAGUUAUUCCUAAAACUUUAGCUAUAAAUGCUGCUAAAGAUUCUUCUGAUUUAAUUAGUAAAUUAAGAACCUAUCAUUCUUCAAGUCAAACUGCUUUGCCAUCUGAUUUAAAAAGAAAAAAAUAUAAGAAUUAUGGUUUAGAUUUAAUUAAUGGUAAAAUUGUUAAUGAAAGUAUUCAUGGUGUUUUAGAACCAACAAUGUCAAAAAUCAAAUCAUUAAAAUCAGCAUUAGAAGCAUGUAUUGCCAUUUUAAGAAUUGAUACCAUGAUUACUGUUGCACCUGAACCACCAAAAGAAGAUCCUCAUCAACAUUAG